AUGACCAUGCCGCAAUCCGGUAUCAAAGUGGUCAUUGUUGGCGCCGGCUUUGGCGGCCUGACGGCAGCCAUCGAAUGCCACCGACAAGGCCACGACGUCCGCGUCUAUGAAAGCUUUCCUGAGCUCAAGACCCUUGGCGACAUCAUCUCUUUUGGCGCCAACGCGGGCCGUAUCUACCACCGCUGGUCUGAAGGUCGUGUCGUACAACGGCUGCGCGAGCUAUGCAUCGAUCUUUCGUCGUACGGGUUCCGCAUUCAUAAGUACGAUACGGGCGAGGUGGUGUAUCAUCAGAGAAACCCACCAGGUGACCCUAAAGCGCCAGUGCUGAAUGGCCAUCGCGGAGAGCUCCACCAGGUUGUCUUUAACUACGCGCGGGAUGAGCUGGGAAUCCCGAUUCACUUAGGCCAGCCGGUUGGGGAGUACUUCGAGGACGAGGAACAGGCAGGGAUUGUGUUGCAGAAUGGGGAGCGGGUACUGGCGGAUCUGGUGAUUGGGGCGGACGGGGUGCGGUCCAAGGCGAGGGAGCUCGUUCUCGGAUACGUAGACAAGCCCAAAAGUAGCGGGUAUGCCGUGUGGCGGGCCUGGUUCUCUAACACCGACAUGAUCCAAGAUCCGCGCACACGCGAGUUCUGUGCCCACGGCGACAGCUUCAAUGGCUGGAUUGGCCCCGAUGUGCACUUCCUAUUUAGCACCAUCAAGGGUGGCCAAGACUGUUGUUGGGUGUUGACUCACCGCGACGAACACGAUAUUGAUGAAUCUUGGUCCUUCCCCGGCCGGCUCGAGGACGUGUAUCGCGUGCUCGAGGGCUGGGACCCAAUCUGCCGUGCCAUCGUGGAGAAGACACCCAGCUUGGUCGACUGGAAGCUGGUGUACCGCGACCCGCUGUCAACGUGGGUCAGCCGGCACGCAAGGAUUCUGUUGCUGGGCGAUGCGGCGCAUCCGUUCCUCCCGACCAGUGCUCAGGGUGCGACCCAAGCGAUGGAAGAUGGAGUGACCAUUGCGGUGUGCCUGAAGAGGGCGGGCAAGGCUAACGUGCCGGCCGCAGUGCGGGUACACCAAGAGAUACGAUAUGACCGCGUUGGAGAGGUCCAAAAGACCGGCGAGACCACGCGCGACCGCUGGCACAAAACGGACUGGGAGACUGUGGCCAAAGACCCCAAGAGCAUCGCGUUUCCGCGCGAGGACUGGAUCCACGCCCACGACGCAGAGAAGCACGCCAAUGAGACGUUCGACGAGUUGUUCAAGAAAGUGACACAGCCAGAGCUGUUUGAGAACGUGAAGCUACGGCCGAUUGGGCCUAUUGGAGUGACGGUUGGGUGA